AUGCCGCCUUCGAUAUGUGCUCUCUGCACCGCCAACCGCGCGGUAAUCCUCCGGCCAAAGAACCACCAAAAGCUCUGCAAGCCCUGUUUCCUGAUCACCUUCGAAGAUGAGAUCCAUGAGACCAUUACCAGCAACAAUCUCUUCCGCCGUGGCGAGCGGGUGGCCAUUGGUGCGUCGGGCGGCAAGGACAGCACUGUCCUCGCCUCAGUCAUGAAGACGCUGAACGACCGACAUGACUACGGACUCGAUCUAGUCCUACUAUCCAUCGAUGAGGGUAUCAAAGGCUACCGGGAUGACUCACUGGACACGGUGCGGCAGAAUGCGCGGGACUACGAGAUGCCGUUGAUGAUCCUUGGGUAUGAUGAGCUAUACGGAUGGACGAUGGAUCAGGUGGUGGAGCAGGUGGGAAAGAAAGGGAACUGUACAUACUGCGGCGUGUUUCGACGACAAGCCCUCGAUCGAGGAGCGGCGCGGUUAGGCGUCCAGCAUGUGGUGACGGGACAUAAUGCGGAUGAUAUGGCAGAGACGGUCAUGAUGAAUCUGCUGCGCGGUGACCUGGCGAGACUCUCGCGAACAACCUCAAUCAUCACAUCGACCCCAUCGGCAGCACCUGAAGCGAAGGCCGCGACGACCGAGGGCGGACUGCCGUCGAUUACGACCAUCAAGCGAAGCAAGCCUCUCAAAUAUGCCUAUGAAAAGGAAAUCGUCCUCUACGCCCAUCACAAGAGCCUUCUCUACUUUUCGACGGAAUGCAUUUACUCACCGGAAGCUUUCCGCGGAUCGGCUCGAGCUCUAAUCAAGAACCUGGAACGGAUUCGACCUAGUUCCAUCGUGGACGUGAUUAAGAGUGGGGAGGACAUGGCCAGGCUCGUCCCCGGAAAUGAAGAUGCAUGCGCAAACGACUGUGCCACGAACGCCAGCGCGACCGCCGCAGAAGACGAGGUUCAAGGCUGCGGCAGCGCGGGCGGGAAGAGCAGCGAGUCCAUGGCGAAAAUGGAGGCCAGGCUUCGCGAGAACGCGAAGGCGGAGGAGAAUGGGCUCGAGACAGAGAUCACCAGCGUGACGGUGGAGAUGAACAGCCUCAAACUCCCAAAUGGCAAGAACAAGGCGUCGAGAGCCUCCGAUUCCCAGCCGAGGCGGAAGAAGAAGGUGACUCAGCAAGUCAUGGGGACGUGUGAGCGAUGCGGCUACUUGUCGAGCCAGAGUAUCUGCAAGGCAUGCGUGCUACUCGAGGGUCUGAACAAGAGCCGACCGAAAGCAGAAAUUGGCAUAUCUUGA